AUGGGCCGACGGAAGAUUGAAAUAAAGGCUAUUAAAGACGAUCGUAAUCGAUCUGUCACGUUUCUCAAGCGCAAAGGCGGUCUGUUCAAAAAAGCACACGAACUAUCAGUACUCUGUUCUGUCGAUGUUACCGUAAUAAUAUUUGGACAUAAUAAAAAGCUAUAUGAGUUUUCGUCAGGAGACAUACAGGAGACGCUGAGCCGUUAUCAAUAUUACGGCCAGGCACAUGAACAUAAGGGGCCCGCAGAUUUCGCGGGUAAGCAGAAUCUCGACGAAGAGGAUGAAGAUGAUAUCUCUCCCCCUCCCGAUGAGUUAGGUCAACAGAUCCAUCGGAAUGGUGUUCCACCACCACCACCUCAACAAUCUGCCUUUCAACAUGUGAAUCACACACCGUCCGUGUCUCCUCCCAUACCAAAUGGCGUACAGUUUCAUCCUCGGAAUGGAACUCCUCAACCGCCGCCUGGUGUCGGUUCUCGGCCAUCGUCGAGAAACACUAUCCCCGCCGUCAGUUCGAAUUUAGUUCCCCCCCAACAUCACCAUGCAACGCCGCCACCCCAAGUCCAAAAUGGAUAUGGUUAUAUUACAAAUCCCUCAGUCUACAACCCACAAGGUAAUCCUAAUAUGCCACAACAGCCUCGACCAGGAGCGUUCCAAUACGCCCGACCACCGCCGCCCCAGUCCGUCGCCCAACAGCAAGGACAGCAGCCGCCUAUGCCGUCACACCAUCAACACCCGUCCAUCCCACAAGUCCAGCAACAACAACAAAUUCCUCACCACCCUUACAUGCAAGACCAACAGCGAAGACCGUCUAUGCCCCCCGCUUUCUCACAACAGGACCGACAUCCGCCGCCGCCUGUAGACCAGCCAAUGCCCUCCCAGCACCAGGAACCUAAAGUCGAACAUCAACCAUCUCCCCCAUCAAGACAACACCCCACAAAAUCAAGAAGUAUAUUCACUCCAAUUGACGACCGGGGAUCUGUCUUGGCACAACAUUUUGGAUUUGGACCCCCUGCAGAGUCGCCCAAAACUGACUCGCCGGUUUUGAAAGAGCUUGACAAACAUGGUAAACCAUCAGCCCCGCCACCACCUCGACCCCAACCCCCCAGAUCACUUCCAAACCCGCAACGAACUCCAUCGACCUCAUCGGUGCCAGACAUUCAUCCAAUUUCCAGGAAUAACAGCAUAGCCGGCAAUGUCAAACGUCCUCAGCUAAAGGUACAGAUUCCCAGUGAGCAAUCAGAUGCGGGCGAAGCCACCACGGAAUCCUCGUCUCGCGACUCUGGAAAUGUCGGGGCAACUCCAGCCAAAACAGGAUCUGAUCCAGGACAUUCUGCUGUUGUCCUCCCACCACCCUCACCCUCUGCUAGCGCUUUAUUAAGUGCAGGAGCCCAUGGUCCGCCAAAUCCUUUCGCCAGGCCUCCUCCCCCCGGAGCCGUCCCACAAGCCACCGGCAGUAAUAUAGAAACGCCCAUGUCCGCUCUUCCCAGCCGCUUUGUCUCCGAUGCCCUCCUUCCGUCACCUUCAAGUUUCUACCCUGAAUGGGGCUUUGGAAGAACAGGCCCGGAUAGUAACAUGUUGCCCAGUCCCCUCACGUUUCCAACUCCCGUGAUGCAAGCUGGAACUGGAUUCGUGAAGGAGGUGGAUGAGCAGGAAAGGAAGAGAAAGAGCCCGGAAACCGGGACGGCUGUCCCUGACCCCGUCGGGGCAGGCAAGAGGUUGAAAGUAGAAUAA